AUGGUAAAUUUUAAGAUAAUUGGCGGAGAGAUAGAACCUGUGAUAGAAAUGUCGAUGACAGAGUUUGUUUUUGAUCUCAAAAGCAAAAUCAAUGACGAGUUGGAGGUGGAAGUAUGCAGGCAAAAUCUCUGGUACAAAGGUAUAGAGUUGGAAAAUGAUAAAAGGAUAGGAUUAUAUGCCUUGCAUGGUGAUGAAACAGAAAUCAUUACUCUCGUUGUCGAUCCGCUACCACCAGAUCUUAAGCUUCACGUUCUCGUGAAGUUUCUAGGACGUGGAAGCGAAGGCUACGUGAGGGUGAGGGAGACUAAUAUGGUGAGUGACCUGCGAGGCAAAGUUUCAAGAUAUUGGGGCAUUCCUCUUGAUAGUUUCACCCUUCGACGUCUCAAUGUUGAAAUGGUGCAUGAUCGUCCUCUUCAUGCAUAUUAUAUCAACGAGGCUUCUGAAAUUCAUCUUUCUGUUGACUUUCAACCUCGAUGA